AGGAUCCCCAUCAUCCUUGUGGGAAAUAAGUCCGACUUGCAGACUGGAAGCUCUAUGGAAACCAUCCUGCCCAUCAUGAACCAGUUCUCAGAGAUUGAGACCUGUGUAGAGUGUUCGGCAAAGAACUUGAAGAAUAUCUCAGAGCUUUUUUAUUAUGCUCAGAAAGCAGUUCUGCACCCAACGGCUCCUCUGUAUGACCCAGAGGAGAAACAGCUGAGACCAGCGUGCACUCGAGCACUCACUCGGAUUUUCAAUAUGUCUGACCAAGAUAACAACCAGAUCCUAAGUGACGAAGAGCUGAACUAUUUCCAGGUGCGUUUCCAGCUUAACAUACUGGGGGCUGGAAUGGGGAAAGGCAGCUGA